AGAAAUCAAAAUUUUAAUGAAAAUAGAUUAGUUAGACACAGAUCAUUGUGAAUUGAGCUUGUGCUUAAAUUCAUUGCAGCCUAUACAAAAUUAAUUGUUUUAAGCUUAGCUGAACUGCAGUUAUGUAUAUCAAACAAAAAUUUUUGAUUACACAAGCUGCUGGAAAAUGCAGAGACUAUGCAGCGCAGGACUCGGAUGUACAGCCUAAUCUGCACUGGCUAACAGAAGCUGUGGCUGAACUAAUACUGGGAAACUACUCAAUGGCCAUGGAAGUGAUAAAUGAGGGCAUGGAGCACUGCAAUAACAGCCAUGAGGAGACUACAGCACUGCUGGAGCUAAAAAACAUUGUGGCACGUCUGCGUCUUAAAUGCGAGGAUCCAGAGCAACUAAUUGGACCCACUUUAAAAUCGACUGCGCUGCCCCAUAGCUUCAGUGUACACAUGCUCGAUGUGGUGCAGAAGGUGCUUCGCUGUCGAAACCAUUAUGAAGUGCUGCGCAUUUCACACCAUGCCACCUACUCGGAGGUGAAGCGUGCCUAUAAGCGUCUCGCGCUGCGUCUGCAUCCCGACAAGAAUCGUGCUCCCGGCGCUGAGAUUGCCUUUCGACGCAUCAACGAGGCAGCGGACAUAUUGACCGAUAAUCAGCGGCGCAUUGAGUACAAUUUGCUAACAGCUGUCGGCGAUUGUCCUGUCAGUAAGAAUACUUAUCCGGACAACAAGCCCGAUGACGGGCAGAACACAUGCCGGCAACGGUUCGCUAAGCUACAGGAGGAGGAAGCGGAGCAAGUGCAGCCACGUCGCAGCUAUCAGCCUGCCAAUCAGCGUGUGCCCCAGCGCCAGAGUCUCUAUCAGACCGAACAGCUUGUCAUUGGACUUGUAGCCGCAUUAGUUUUUAUUAUAAUCACUCUACACUACCUGGCAACAGCACCUAACUACAGCUUUUCACCCACCAGCAGUCACACUGUUCGCAUGAUAAGUCGGCUUAGCCGUAUCCCCUACUUUGUAACUCCCGAACUGGCGGGAAGCCAAACGCCAAAGCAGCUGGAGCUCUUAGAGCAAGAGAUCGAUGAAAUCUAUCUAAGUGAGCUCAAACAUAACUGCAAACAGGAACGCAAGCUACGUAACAAGCUGCUGCAACGCGCUCGGCACAUCAACAAUCGUAAUUUGCAUGAGCACGCUUUGAAAAUGCCUACACCCGCCUGCCACGCCCUCCUUCAGGUGGAUCAAGAGAAGUAUAAGCUGUUGGAUCACAGUAAUGAAGGAUUUUCAAAUGAACUCUAGAACCAGAAAUUAAAUUCAAAAAUCGAAUACACAAACCUGUCUUGGUACCAAAUCAGGCAACUUCAACCAAAUUUU